AUGCCCAUUGUUUUGGUGCGCCCGACCAAUCGGACUCGCCGCCUGGAUUCUACCGGAGCCGGCAUGGGCCCUUCCUCGCACCAGCAGCCGGAGUCUCCGCUCCCGACCAUAACGCAUUGCGCAGGGUGCACCACCGCCUGGUCUCCCUGCAGCUUUAACAGCCCUGACAUGGAAACCCCAUUGCAGUUCCAGCGCGGCUUCUUCUCGGAGCCGCCGCCGCCGCCGUCGCGCUCCUCGCACCUGCAUUGCCAGCAGCAGCAGCAGAGCCAGGACAAGCCGUGCGCGCCCUUCGCGCCCCUCCCGCAGCCUCACCACCACCCGCACCUCGCGCACCAGCAGCCGGGCAGCGGCGGCAGCAGCCCAUGCCUCCGGUGCAACAGCUGCGCCUCCUCCGGUGCCCCGGGGGCGGGGGCGGGGGAUAACCUGUCCCUGCUGCUCCGCACCUCCUCGCCCGGCGGCGGCGCCUUCCGGACCCGCACUUCCUCGCCGCUGUCGGGCUCGUCGUGCUGCUGCUGCUGCUCGUCGCGCCGGGGCAGCCAGCUCAAUGUGAGCGAGCUGACGCCGUCCAGCCAUGCCAGUGCGCUCCGGCAGCAGUACGCGCAACAGCCAGCGUCCGCCUCCCAGCACCGCCAGUGCCACAGCCUGCAGCCCGCCGCCAGCCCCACGGGCAGCCUCGGCAGCCUGGGCUCCGGGCCCCCGCUCUCGCACUACCACCACCCCCCGCACCCGGCGCCCCACCAGCACCACCAGCCCCAGGCGCGCCGCGAGAGCAACCCCUUCACCGAAAUAGCCAUGAGCAGCUGUAGGUACAACGGGGGCGUCAUGCGGCCGCUCAGCAACUUGAGCGCGUCCCGCCGGAACCUGCACGAGAUGGACUCCGAGGCGCAGCCCCUACAGCCCCCGGUGUCUGUCGGAGGAGGUGGCGGCGCGUCCUCCCCGUCUGCAGCCGCGGCCGCCGCCGCCGCCGCCGCCGCUUCGUCCUCAGCCCCGGAGAUCGUGGUGUCCAAGCCGGAGCACAACAACUCCAAUAACCUGGCGCUCUACGGAGCCGGCGGCGGAGGCAGCACGGGAGGCGGCGGCGGCGGCGGCGGCAGCGGGCAUGGCAGCAGCAGUGGCACCAAGUCCAGCAAAAAGAAGAACCAGAACAUCGGCUACAAACUGGGCCACCGGCGCGCCCUGUUCGAGAAGCGCAAGCGGCUCAGCGACUACGCGCUCAUCUUUGGCAUGUUCGGCAUCGUGGUUAUGGUCAUCGAGACCGAGCUGUCGUGGGGCGCCUACGACAAGGCGUCGCUGUAUUCCUUAGCUCUGAAAUGCCUUAUCAGUCUGUCCACGAUCAUCCUGCUCGGUCUGAUCAUCGUGUACCACGCCAGGGAAAUACAGUUGUUCAUGGUGGACAACGGUGCAGAUGACUGGAGAAUAGCCAUGACUUAUGAGCGUAUCUUCUUCAUCUGCUUGGAGAUACUGGUGUGUGCUAUUCACCCCAUACCUGGGAAUUACACGUUCACAUGGACGGCCCGGCUUGCCUUCUCCUAUGCCCCAUCCACCACCACCGCUGACGUGGAUAUCAUUUUGUCUAUACCAAUGUUCUUAAGACUCUAUCUGAUUGCCAGAGUCAUGCUUUUACAUAGCAAACUUUUCACUGAUGCCUCCUCUAGAAGCAUUGGAGCACUUAAUAAGAUAAACUUCAAUACGCGUUUUGUUAUGAAGACUUUAAUGACUAUAUGCCCAGGAACUGUACUCUUGGUUUUUAGUAUCUCAUUAUGGAUAAUUGCCGCAUGGACUGUCCGAGCUUGUGAAAGGUACCAUGAUCAACAGGAUGUUACUAGCAACUUCCUUGGAGCAAUGUGGUUGAUAUCAAUAACUUUUCUCUCCAUUGGUUAUGGUGACAUGGUACCUAACACAUACUGUGGGAAAGGAGUCUGUUUGCUCACUGGAAUUAUGGGAGCUGGUUGCACAGCCCUGGUGGUAGCUGUGGUAGCGAGGAAGCUAGAACUUACCAAAGCAGAAAAGCACGUGCACAACUUCAUGAUGGACACUCAGCUGACAAAGAGAGUGAAAAAUGCAGCUGCCAAUGUACUCAGGGAAACAUGGCUAAUUUACAAAAAUACAAAGCUAGUAAAAAAGAUAGAUCAUGCAAAAGUCAGAAAACAUCAACGGAAAUUCUUGCAAGCUAUUCAUCAAUUAAGAAGUGUAAAAAUGGAGCAGAGGAAACUGAACGACCAAGCAAACACCUUGGUGGACCUGGCAAAGACUCAGAACAUCAUGUAUGACAUGAUUUCCGACUUAAAUGAAAGAAGUGAAGACUUUGAGAAGAGGAUCGUUACCCUGGAAACGAAGUUAGAGACUUUGAUCGGUAGCAUCCACGCCCUGCCUGGGCUCAUAAGCCAAACCAUCAGGCAGCAGCAGAGAGACUUCCUCGAGGCUCAGAUGGAGAACUAUGACAAGCACGUCCCCUACGAUGCUGAGCGGUCCCGGUCCUCAUCCAGGAGGCGGCGGUCCUCCUCUACAGCGCCACCAACUUCAUCAGAGAGUAGCUAG